UUAUUUCAGAAAAUAACUCAUGAUAAUCUUGAUGUGGAAGAAUCAUAUGAAAAAAUUCCUUUAUAUACAUCAGUUAUGGCAUGUUUGGGAUUUUAUUUUUUGAUUUUUAUUGGAUUGAUAAAUCAUAUUGUUUUUACUCCCAAAGUAGCUACUGAAAAAAAUCGCAAGGGAUAUCCACCACUGUACAAUAAAUUUGAUAGUAUAUUUUUGAGGUAUGUAUUUCGGCGUGUUAAAGACAUUUUUAAUCGAGUAGUUUGUGGUGUACCAGGUGCAAAGAUUGAUAUCAUUGAUAGAGUUACUCAUGAUAGUUGUUGGUCAUUUGAGCUUCUGGACACAAAAUCUACUUUUCUAAAUUUAGGUUCAUAUAAUUAUUUAGGGUUUGCUCAAAGUGAAGGUCCAUGUGCAGAUGAUACUAAAGACAUAAUAAAGAAAUAUGGUUGGGCAGUCGGUAGUUCACGUCAGGAACUCGGAACUAACAAUCUUCAUCUAGAGCUCGAACAACUAACAGCUGCAUUCUUAGGUGUUGAUGAUGCUAUAGUAUUUGGUAUGGGAUUUGCUACUAAUGCUCUGAAUUUACCUUCCAUCAUAAAUUCUGAAUGCUUAGUACUAAGUGAUGAAUAUAAUCAUGCGUCUGUUAUUUUGGGUAUACGACUGUCAGGAGCCACAUCUGUAGUAUAUAAGCAUAAUGGUAAUGGUUUAUUAAAUAUUUAUAAAACAAAUAAUUUAAGUUCAUAAUAGAGAUGUUACGAACUGUUAGAUUUUCGAAUCGAACCAAAUACCUAAUAGUUUGGUUCGAUAAUCGAAACAGAGAAAUAAAAAUAAAAGUCAGUUCUAUAAGGUUUCUAUUAGGUAUCAAUAAUUUAAAAUCUUUAGUCAAUAAUUCUGUGGUA